GACACUGAUGAAUACACUGACUCUCCAGCACGCAGCAUCGUCCCUAAUCUCCGUGAUGCUGAUUUGUCAUCAAGAGCAAGGAUAGAAGCUCUCGAGAACAUUAUAAGAGAAGCUAUGAGGGAACCGUAUGCAUGGCCUUUCCUAGAGCCUGUGGACAAAAAAGAGGUUCCGGACUACUACGAUGUGAUCAGCCGACCUAUGGAUCUUCGCACAAUGAUCAACAAAAUUAAGCAACAUGUCUACGACACCCCUGAAGAAGUUCGGUCGGAUGCCUACCUCAUCAUAGCGAACUGUAAAGAAUACAAUGAGGAAGGAAGCGAAAUAUUUGAUUGCGCAGAACAGCUCGAGGAUUUCUUCCAAGAUCGUUUUCGAACGUUCUUCGAUGAAAAGAAGAAGAAGAAAUGA